GGCUUCUACCCUGCGGAGAUCACCCUGACCUGGCAGCGUGAUGGGGCGGACCACACCCAGGACGCAGAGCUUGUGGAGACCAGGCCUGCGGGAGAUGGAACCUUCCAGAAGUGGGCGGCUGUGGUGGUGCCUUCUGGAGAGGAGCAGAGAUACACGUGCCAUGUGCAGCACGAGGGGCUGCCCGAGCCCAUCACCCUGAGAUGGGAGCCAUCGUCUCUGCCCCUCACCACCAUUCUGGGCAUCGUUGGUGUGGCUGUCCUUGUGGUCAUUGUGGUGGUUGGAGCUGUGAUCUGGAGGAAGAAAUGCUCAGGAGGAAAGGGACCGAGCUACUCUCACGCUGCACGCGAUGACAGUACUCAGGGCUCUGAUUCGUCUGUAAUCGCUCCUAAAGUUUGAGACCCACUGCCUGUGGUGGACUGAGCGAUGCAGGAUCUGUUCACACUCCCACUUGGUGACAUCGAGGUCCCCUGACUUUCUUCAGAUGGUGUCAGAUGUGUCUGUGUUCCUAUUAGCAUAUUGUGAGGACGCAGGAGAGUGGCCCCCAUGCCCACCAUGACCCUUCCCAUACUGAUUCGUGUUCUGUCUCCAUUCCUGUCUUUACUUCAUGUUGGCCUGAAUACUGACACCUUACUUCCUCUACUGAAAAUGAGAAUCCAGAUAUGAAUUUGUGUUUUGUAAUUCUGGGUACGUGGGGACGAUGAGGUAAUAAAUGAGAAAAUUUGUAAAAUUGCAAGAGAAAAUAAAUGAAAGCCCUGAGAACCUCCCAGAACUCGCA